GCGCAUGUAACCGAACUUGCUGCCAAGGUAGUUUCCGAGACCGUCUUUCUCUGGUAGUGCUUCUCUUGUAAACAAGAAGCUAACCUUACUUCGAUGCUAGCUAGUAAGGAAGCUAGCUCCCUAAAAAGUACUGUGUCCAGAUCUUACACUUAAAUCAUGGAAGUGGGAACAAACAAUGACUGAUUCACAGGAUUUAGUUCCCCCCUCUGAGGUAAAUAACCUGACUUUGCUGACGGUUUCAAGAGCACAAUGUGCCUGGUCUUGAUGCCGACAGAUGAACACGGUUUCUACUAAAAAGCGAACUCCCUAUUUCUGACCUCUUGUCUCACCUGGGACGUUUUUUCGGUCUAUUUUUAUUUAUUUAUUGUUUUCUAAUUUAUUUAUUUAUUUUUAUCAAACGACUGCUCCAACAUGUCGGGUGCAAACUUUAUGGCAAGGGUGAAGUCCGUCUUCAGGAAGGAACCCGAGGACUGGGACCUCAGUGACACCGCUCCAUUUGAUUUUUCUGACGAUCUGGUAGAGGAUGAAACACCCAAAUUUAACAAAUUAAAGGUUGUGGUCUCUGGAGAAAUGGACGAUUACUCAGCUGGUGCUCCAUCUAAUGGAACAUCCGUCAACACUAUCGUUGUGGACGAUGAUGACUCGCUUCUCGACUCAAGUCUUGGGAGCCCGGGUGUGAACAUGGACCCUUGUGUGAACUGUUUGAAGAGGAAGGAUAAGGUGAAACAACGAAGGGUGAUGAAGAAGCUUGGCUGUGCUGCUGUUUUGUAUUUCCUAUUCAUGAUAGGAGAACUCGUCGGUGGUUAUGUCGCCAACAGCCUGGCAAUCAUGACUGACGCACUUCAUAUGAUGACGGAUCUUAUUGGCAUCAUUGUGUCUUUGCUGGCCUUGUGGCUUUCAGGAAAGCCUCCAUCAAAUAGAUUCACCUUUGGAUUGCAUCGCCUGGAGGUGGUGGCAGCAGGCAUCAGUGUAUUGCUCAUAUAUAUACUGACUGGAGUGUUACUGAAUGAAGCUGUGCAGAGGACCGUCCAUCAGGACUUCACCAUAGAUGGAGAUGUCAUGGUCAUCACAGCUGCGGUUGGAGUCGCAGUGAAUUUGAUAAUGGGAUUCCUCUUGAACCAGUCAGGACACCUUCACUCGCAUUCCCACGGGGCCCCUCCUCCUCCUCCGCAGAGCCAGAGCCAGGCCCACGGACACGGGCACGGGCACGGCCACGGGCAUCAGCAGGGUCAGGGCAGCCUGGCAGUCAGGGCUGCCUUCAUCCACGCACUGGGUGACCUGGUGCAAAGCGUUGGUGUGCUCAUCGCAGCUUAUGUGGUCCGCUUCAAACCAGAAUAUAAAAUAGCAGACCCUAUCUGCACAUAUGUGUUUUCAGCCCUGGUGCUUUUCACCACUGUGAGAAUCAUGAGGGACACGGGGAUUAUCGUAUUGGAAGGUGCUCCAAGGCAUAUGGAUGUGGCACGCAUCAGGGAGGACCUGUUGAAGCUGGAGGACGUGCGCUCAGUGGACGAGCUGAACAUUUGGGCGCUCACCGGGGAUAAGACGGUGGCCCUCGUCCAUCUGCAGCUCUUGCCCUCCAGCAGCGGGAACUGGGAGGACGUCCAGGCCAAGGCCAGGCACCUGCUGCUGCACUCACACGGUGUGACCAGAUGUACAGUCCAGCUCCAGUGCUCCCGGCUCAGGGCACCAAACAUAUGCACUAACUGCCAGCCUAUCAGUGCCUGAACACACACACGCACACGCACACACACACACACACACACACACACACACACGCACUCACUCUUUCAUACAGAGCAUAUGCUCACACCAUAUCACACACAUUGGUGCAGCUUUCCAACCAUGCAAGUUGUCUUCGGAACUGCAGAUCGUAUGAUGGUCUUCAAAGCUAUUACUAAGCUGUUGACAUGUAUUAUGCAAGGAAGUGGAAUCAUUUUUGCAUUGGAAGUGCCAAAGGAUAUUCUAGUCUAGUUUCUGUUGAUGAAUGCACUUUUUUAAUAAAAAAAAAACAUUGCA